AUGGCAGAUUUCAACUUCACCCCCUACGACUCUUCAAUAUUAAUUCUAGCUGGCAUCCCUAACCUGGAAGAUGCCCACAUUUGGAUUUCCAUCCCUUUCUUUAUGGUCUACAUUAUGGCCCUGUUGGGAAAUAUCACAGUUCUGUUUGUUGUAGGCAAAGAGCAGACCCUGCACAAGCCGAUGUAUCUGCUGCUCUGCAUGCUGGCACUCGCAGACAUUGGCACAUCUACCUCCUUUGUGCCAAAGGCACUGUGUAUAUUUUGGUUUAAUUUGACAAGCAUUACUGUGAAGGGCUGCCUCACCCAGAUGUUCUUCUUUCAUGCAUUUUCUACAAUGCACUCAGCUGUCCUAGUGACAAUGGCCUUUGAUCGCUACGUUGCCAUAUGUAACCCUCUGAGAUAUGCCACCAUCCUCAGCAACGCACGAAUAGCUAAGCUAGGGCUACUUGGUAUGAUAAGAGCUGUUCUCUUCAUCCUGCCUAUGCCCUUGCUUGUGAGCAGGCAGCCAUUGUGUGUCAACCGCAUUAUCCCCCACACAUACUGUGACCACAUAGCUGUGGCAAAGAUUUUGUGUGGGGACAACACAGGCAGCAGAAUAUAUGGCUUGGUGUUGGCGUUUUUAGUCAUUGGGUUUGACCUGACGCUCAUUGGCUUGUCCUAUGGUCUGAUCAUCAGGACUGUCCUCAGACUCUCCUCCCAGGAAGCCAACCAGAAAGCCCUCAACACCUGCACAGCCCACAUCUGUGCGCUACUGAUGGCUUAUCCUGUUGGACUCUUCUCCACACUGGCACACCGGUUUGGUGAGGACAUCGCUCUGCAUGUUCACAUCAUCUUGUCCAACUUCCAUUACCUCAUUCCCCCCAUGCUCAACCCUAUCAUUUAUGGGGUCAAAACCAAAGAGCUUCGUGACAAAGUGGUCAAAAACAUUUGCAGAAUGCACUCACCACAUGCUACUGACUUUAAACCUGAGUGA